AUGGCUUCUGUGGAUGCUGCGACCGCACCAAGCGGAGGAGAUGCGAAGAGGCAAAGGACGGCAAAUGGGUACAAGUCUGCUUCCAAUUCGGAGCACAAUACCAAUGCCUACAAUUCCGACAAUGACAGCGGCGAUGAUCUGUUUGCACAUUAUGUCCCCGAUACACCGACCAAUAAUACCUACCAAACUCAGCCCACACAGAUUGUUGACCGCCCAUCACUCGCACAGUCUGCUUCAAGCCCACCUGGGACGCCCCAGAAUAUCGUUCAGGUUCCAGCUUCCUCUCCAUUCACUGGACGAGACUCAGAGGGGUCACGGUCUGUGUACUUUGGCGGAAGCUCGCAGCUUGAGAAGCCUCCUCCUUUACCGAGACCGAACUUGGCUCAGGGUAUGGCGCCUGCUGGUACGGUUUACAAAGCCCCUACUGGCAUAGUCACGAAAGCUCCUCCAAAGAAGACAGUCAUUACAAUAGACGACGACGACGAUGACGGACCAAAGUUCCAGGGAGCUAGCUCCGACGACGAUGUAUCAAUGCAGAGUGCGAACAUUAAACCCACUACAUUUGUGUCGAACAGCACUCACAGCUCCUUUGGCAAUUCCGCUCCCAACGGGCAUCCGAAGACUGCAAAUAGAACUGCCAGUUUCCAAGAUGUUAUUAGGAAUUCUGGUUACCAGCCUCUUAUCCCAGGAAGAAAAGCUCAAACACAGACGCGACCUGACCGAGCAAGACCUGUCCAGGACAUGACUGCAGAGAUGAUUGAGGCGAAUCUUCGAGCGUCUAUAGUCAGACUGCGCAAUAUGUUCCCUGAUUUGUCUAUCUUAAAUGCACACAAUCUGUUGGUUAGGGCCAAAGGCAACCUCAAUGAUGCUGCGGAUCUACACGUAGGCGAAAAACAGGAACGAACGCCCAAGCGUACAACCAUCUCCAUUUCGGACGAUGAGAUUGAGAGCCCUCAACAGGCAGAGCCUCAAUUCAAGAGGACUCUUGCUGCACCUACACAAUCUCUCAGAGAUAAGUACUCCUCGACACAGGCUAUGCCACAGAGAAGCCCUGCUACUAUUGCAACCCCUCCACCAAAGCCAAAGAGAAAACUUGUGAAGGGUCGCCGAAAUGCAUCUUCUCCCGCCGUGGCUCCUAUGUCAUCGCCUCUCAAACAACAACAGUCUCCUGCUCUAGCUGAAUUUGAUGACUACGACUCAGAUUCUGGUGUUGCUUCUGAGUCAGAGGAGGAUCCGGAACUCGAAGGCCGGGUGUUGAAAUAUUUCAAUAAUUGCAAAGCAACCGAUCUUGUAGAGCUUACCAGCAUUACCAAAGAGAUUGCCGAGGUCAUGCUUGCUGCUCGCCCCUUCAAGACUCUCAAUGCUGCUAGGACUGUUGAGAACACGAAAGCAACGAAGAGCGGGAAGAAGAGUAAUCGGGCCCCUGUCGGCGAAAAAAUCGUUCAAACCGCACUCGAGAUGUUUCAGGGGUAUGAAGCUAUUGACACGCUGGUUGCGAGAUGCGGAGACUUGGGCAAGCCUUUGGCGGAGGAGAUGUCAAGGUGGGGAUUUGAUGUUUUUGGUGCCUCGAAAACGGGGGAGCUCGAGAUGACUUCGCUUGAAGAUGAUGCAGAAUCUCAACGUGAUUCCGGAAUUGGUUCUCCAAGCAGUGCAGCUGCAUCUAACAAUGGAGAUGAUGAUAUCAAGAUUGUUAGUAGCACACGAAAGCGAGGCAACGUCCAGUUUCUGAAGAAGCCAGAGAUGAUGGCUGAGGAUUGCGUACUGAAAGACUAUCAGGUUGUAGGGCUCAACUGGUUGGCUUUGAUGUAUAGACACAAGUUGAGCUGCAUUUUGGCUGAUGAGAUGGGUCUGGGAAAGACGUGUCAAGUCAUCGCAUUUUUGACGCAUCUUGUUGAGACUGGUCAUCCUGGGCCCCAUUUGGUUGUUUGCCCUGGUUCAACUUUGGAGAACUGGCUGCGAGAGUUCCAGAGAUUCUCCCCACAACUGGCCAUCGAACCCUACCACGGUCCUCAAAAGGAACGGACAGAGAUGGCAAUGCAGAUUCUAGACAACCGGGACACCAUUAACGUUGUCGUUACGACAUAUGAUAUGGCAGCCAAGAAGGAAGACAACAAGUUCAUGAAAAGACUGCGACCAGACGUCUGUGUAUACGACGAAGGACACAUGCUGAAGAAUGUCAAAUCUCAGAGAUACCAAGGACUUGUCAAAAUUCCUGCGAAUUUCAGACUGCUCCUCACUGGAACCCCUCUACAAAACAAUCUCCAGGAACUGGCCGCCCUUCUUGCAUUCAUCCUCCCAGACGUUUUCAAAGAACUGGAAGAAGAUUUGAAUUAUAUCUUUAAGGCAAAGGCUAGUACGUCUGAUGCAGAUCACGCAGCUCUGCUUUCCGCACAACGAAUUGCCAGAGCCAGAUCUAUGCUCACGCCCUUCGUCCUCCGCCGCAAGAAGGCACAGGUAUUGAAGCAUCUUCCUGCAAAGCUUUGCCGCGUUCAGUAUUGCGAGUUACAUGAGUCCCAGAAGGGUGUCUACAAUGGCCACAUCGAUGCUGCUCGUGAGCGUGCCCGGGCUCGUCUCGAAGGUGUCAAGGCACCAAAGACCGAGGAGAACAACCCUUUGAUGCAGCUUCGCAAAGCAGCAAUUCAUCCAUUGCUUUUUCGUCGCCAUUUCACAGACGAGAAGAUUGAAAAGAUGGCUGAUAUUCUGCGGAAGAAGGACCCAGUCAACUUUCCAUCCUCCCACAAGCGAGCUCAUUUGAUUGAUGAGAUGCACAAGGGUUCUGAUUUCUGGCUCCACCAAUGGUGUUUGGACUACCCAUGCAUUCGAUCAUUUGAUAUUCCAAACUUGGCGUGGAUGGAUUCUGGCAAGGUUGAGACUAUGAUUGAGCUAGUCAAGGGCUAUAAGAAGAAUGGGGAUCGGGUCCUCAUCUUCUCACAGUUUGCGCUUGUUCUGGAUAUCCUUGAGGCGGUCAUGAACACGUCAUCAAUCGUGUACACCCGUAUAGAUGGAAGCACCAAGAUUGAGGAGCGUCAGCCGCUCAUCGAUGCAUUCAAAGAGGACGAGAGUAUCACUGCCUUCCUACUUACCACGAAGGCUGGCGGUACAGGUAUCAACUUGAUGUACGCCAACAAGGUCAUUAUCUUCGAUGGCAGCUUCAAUCCCCAGGAUGAUCGCCAAGCCGAAAAUAGAGCUCAUCGCGUCGGGCAAGUGAGAGAGGUUGAAGUGGUUCGACUGGUCACAAGGGGCACUGUCGAAGAAGCUAUCUAUGCUUUAGGACAGAGCAAGCUGACUCUUGAUGGCCGUGUCGCUGGUGAUAGUGAGGACGGCAGCAAAGCCGAAGAGGCUGGUGAGAAGGCUGUAGCAAGAAUGCUUCUCGAGGGUACUGGCACAGGAACUAGCGAGGAAGAAAUCAAAAAGGUGCAGGGGGUGGAGCCGAAGGUCAAGAAGGACGAGAAACUUCCGCAGAGGAAAAAGUCGUCUAUAAUGGACAUGUUGACUAAAGCCGGCGGAAAGGGCGGUGCAGAGGAGAGUAAAAGAGGGUCUCAGAAGAAGACUGAGAAUAUUCUGGAGGACGAGGAAGAAAUACUUCUUUGA